CAGAUGGCGCUUCAUUGGUUUGCUUUGUUUUUGUCAGUGUUUUUAUGCGUAGAUUUAGAUGUAAUGCUGUGUUUACUAAAGGGAAUUCGAUGAAAUUUCACCUUAUAUUGUAUUAUGUCCGUUUCGUUAGUGAUAUUGCGCCUUGAAAUAGCCAGCGACUGUGAAUUACCGAGUCUACAUUUCGUAGCACCAAAAUUGGAAAGAAUAAUGCAUUCUGCUGAACAGCAAAAAAUCAAGGAAUCGGUUCCAUCAGUUGAUACACCUACUGAAAAUCCUGAAGAUAACAGUGCUAAUGCAAUUGACCAACCACUUUCAAGUGACCAGCAGGCAGAGAAAAAAGAAAAAGACCCUGAUUCAUGGAAAAAGAAAUACCGCGGAUGGAGAGAAUUACACGAAAUAACUAUUGAAACAUUUGAUGAUGUUGCACUGAUGAAUGCUAGCAAGGAUACUCUGCCUACUUUAGAAAAUGAUACAAAUUUUGACAAGAAUGACAAUGUAGCUAAAAUUAUAGAAAAAGAAGAAAAAAUCAGUUGUGAAGUAAAACAAAAGCAGUCUGAUAUCAAUAGCAUAGAAGAAGUUAAAAAUGUAAAUAUGCCAAUGCCUCCUAUCAGGAAAAAACGAGCUGGAGGAAAGAAUACAGCAGAACAGCUUGAUUUUAAUGACAAGAAACAACAAGUUUUUCAUGUAAGUAAAGAUAGUUCAGAAAAUCAACCUUGUACUAAAGAUGGUUCUUCAAAGGAACUACAACAAAAAGAAUUGUGUAGAAAUGAAGAGUUGUCUGAUUCUUCAUCGUCAUUGAAUAAAUUAAAAAGAAGCGUGAGUCUAAAAGAAUCAUCACCUCCAUGUUGUGAUUUACAUUUAGAAAUGCAAAAAGAAACAUCACCUGCAUUAUCAGAUAAUAGUGCAAAUAUCUCAGAACACCGAUCUAGAGGAUUAUUUCCUACUCAAAUUCCAUUUUAUUCUGGAAAUCAUUUUGUAGAGGUCACAAAAGGAAUUCUACAUCUUUAUAAAGAAAACCAAAGGACUCCUUUAGCUGAAGAAGCAGAAAGAAGUGAAAUGUUAUGUAUUUUAGCUGUCCCAGGUGCUAUGACAACUCAUGAUCUUUUACAGUUUACAGCACCUGUCAAUGAAAAUAUUGAACAUAUGAGGAUUAUCCGUGAAUCAAAGCCAAAUCAAUACAUGGUUCUUUUCAAGUUCAAAAAUCAACAAACAGCUGAUGAAUUUUAUAAAAAUUUUAAUGGAAUUCAGUUCAAUUCAAUUGAACCAGAAAUAUGCCAUUUAGUUUAUGUUGCUAAAGUAGAAAGUGUUAAAGAAUCAGAGGAAGUUUGCUUACCUGUUCCUGGGCAUACUGAAUUACCUACUUGUCCUGUGUGUUUGGAAAGAAUGGAUGAAUCUGUUGAAGGUAUCCUGACAAUAUUAUGUAAUCAUUCAUUUCAUAGUAGCUGUUUGGCAAAAUGGGGAGAUACUAGCUGUCCUGUAUGCCGAUAUUGUCAGACUCCCGAACUGGAACCAGAUAAUCGUUGUUUUGGUUGUGGUUCACAAGAGAAUUUAUGGAUAUGUUUGAUAUGUGGUCAUAUUGGAUGUGGAAGAUAUGUAGAAGGACAUGCAUAUAAACAUUAUCUAGAAACUCAGCAUACUUAUGCAAUGCAAUUAGGUAAUAACAGGGUUUGGGAUUAUGCAGGAGAUAAUUAUGUUCAUCGACUAGUUCAGAAUAAAACUGAUGGAAAAUUAGUAGAACUGGAACCUCGCUGGGCUGAGCAAGAAGAAAAAUUAGAUUCAAUAAAAUUAGAGUAUACAUACUUACUUACAAGUCAACUUGAAACCCAAAGGCACUUCUUUGAAAGUCGAAUGAGUAGAAUGGAAGAAGAAUCUCAUAGACAGCUAGAAGAAUUAAAAGAUAAAACAAAAUUGGCUAUAGAAGAAAGAAAACAAUUAGAAGAAAAAUUAUCACGUGUCAGUAAAGAAAAGCAAUCUCAAGAAAAGAAGAUAUCUCAAUUAUGUCAAAAAUUGAAUAAAGCUGUUUUAGAACUAAAAGAGGAAAAAGAAAUGAAUAAAUGUUUACGUCAGAAUCAACAAUCUUGGCAGCAGAGAUUGAAAGAAACAGAAAAACAAAUUAAGGAUAUUCAAGAAUCUAAAGAGAAGGAGAUUCAAGAAUUACAGCACCAGGUACGUGAUUUGAUGUUCUACCUGGAAGCCCGCGACACCUUGCAGAAUAUGCCUGAAUCAACAAGACAAGAAAUACAAGAUGGCCAAAUAGUUGUUGGUGCAUCUGCCGGACCAGUCACACCUCGCCAUCGGAGCAAAAAGAAGCGUUAAUGUGAAUUUGAAUCCUUCAUACAAUUACUACUCGGAACAGUAUAUAAAAUAAUAUGCACAAUGUAAAAUGUAUAUAGAGAUCAAAUAUAUAUAAGUGUAUGAUCUUGUGUGAAAACUGCAAUAUUUAAAUAAGAACAAUAAUGACAUGAAAAAAAUUUUAUAAAAGAGUGUGCAAUCUGGAAAUUCACCUAUUCUUAAAUUCUGUUGCUAUGAACAUGUUUGUGUGUUAAGUUUUGUUUAAAUAAAAUUUAUU